GAAUAUAAGAAAAUAAAACCACUGUUCCCUUAACCCUAACAUCAACGGGAGUACAAAUUAGAACCCAAUCUUUCAACUUUCCCUCCUCUCUCUCCUCUCAUCUUCGGUUCCCCUCUUGGGUUUACUUCUUUCUCUCACACACAUGUACACACAGAGUUUCAUGGAAUAGGUACAGAUCGUCGAAGAAACUAUCAGGGAUGGGGAAGUACAUGAGGAAAGCAAAACUCACAGGCGAUAUCGGUGUGAUGGAGGUAUCACAGUCCUCUCUCGGCGUCCAAACCAGAGCCAAAACCCUAGCUUUACAGAGACUCCAAACGACAACCACACUGCCAAGCUCUGAAUCAUCCUAUCUUCAGCUUCGAAGUCGAAGGCUCGAGAAACCUCCGUUGCUGGAUGCCGCCAAGAAAAAUCACCACCAAGAAUCCACACAGAAAGAGAAUUGUACACGAAACCCUAAUCCUGAUCCUAGCUCAAACCCUACAGCGAGUUCGAGAUUGAGGCCGAGUUCCGUGAACUCAGGCUCUGUUGGGUCGGUCUUAAUCUUCUCCGAGAAGAAAGAACACGAAACAGAGGACAACAAUGAUUUCGAGGGUUCAUUUGGAGAGAACAAUUGGGAAUUUGAAGGCAUAGAGAGGAGCACCAGGGAAAGCACUCCUUGUAGCUUCAUAAGGGAUUCGGACACCAUUGGUACCCCUGGUUCUACUACGAGGCCAAUAAGUUCGACCACAGCCGGUCGAAGAACUCGGAACACCAUGCGGAGAAUCAUCCCAACAACAGAUGAGAUGGAUGAGUUCUUUGCGUCUGCGGAGCAGGAGCAACUGAUGCUUUUUACGGAGAAGUACAACUUUGAUUUCGUAAAUGAGUUGCCCCUUCCAGGACGUUACGAAUGGUGUCGGGAUUGAAUUUUGAAUGCUCCAUGGUAGCAGAAGAAAAAGGUAACUCAUUUGCAUCCUCUGAAUUGGUCUUUUCCUCUUUUUUGUACUUUUCCGACCAUUUAUUGAGAUGAAAUGAAAACUAGAACGUGCACUUUAAUGCAAAAUCUUGAUGGUGAUGUUUCUCAGUUUGGGAUAUAAGGUAAAGAUUGUUUCCCACCUUGUUUUGACUAGUUGUGAGAAGUGGUUGUCAAUGUUCUAAAACCCAAAACUAAUUGAUGGGUCAUAUUGAACCAGUCUUUGGCUCAAUGAGUCAUGUUUCUUUCAUGCAAGCAAUUAGUCUCACCUGAAGUUCGAUGCAUGAGAUUAGUAAUAGAAUUAUACCUAAUGUGUUUGCACUUCAUUUAAUUCUAUAAACAUUUUUUUUUCAGUCAUUCAUUAGUAUGUUAGAGACUCACAUUGCUGAUAUAUCUUCAUUUUUUUUAAUGUAUAUUAUCAUUUUUUUUCAUGUUACUCUACAACUUAGCAGUUCUGGGCUUCAUGUUAUGAGUAUUUUCGGGAACUUCAUUGUCAGUGGCAAUUGAGUUUCCUGGAUUUGUUGUAUACUACUUUUUAUCAUCUUUCAAACUUGUGGUGGUAAAGCCGUUAGUAGCACAAGUGGGCAUUUAUUGACUCUGCAUCAAUCCUUUUCACCUUUUUUGUGAGUGAAUUUGUUUUCGUUUGGGACAUUGUACUCUGUGUCAGUUUCUGUGGUAUGACUUUGUGCAACUGUGUGUGUUCCAACAUAGAUUUGAUGGAAUCGGAUGUCUCUAGUACAAUUUUUUGUAUUACGUCAAAGAUGUAAUUGAAUUAACACAA